AAGCAUUUGAUCCCGCGGGAUCAUUUGGAUAAGUCGUCCAGAUUCCGAUGAGUACUUGCGCCUAGGAUUGCAUUCAUCAAAAUGGUUAAUCAGGAGGACGUGGUCACAGAUGUUCCUGGCACUGUGUACCUAGUGGAUAGGAGUCUAGCAAACGCUGCACAUGCUAGAAAUGAGGACGUCUUAUUAAUUCCCCAACCGACAAACUCAGCUGCAGAUCCUCUGAACUGGCCCAAGUGCAAAAAGUACUGGUCUCUAUUUCUGAUAUCUACAUACGCCUGCGUACAAUCCUUCGGCGAAAACAACUGGGGUGCAGCAUGGACGACCAUAUCCGAGGAAGCAGACGUCACGCUCGAGAACAUGAACGGAGGAUCAGCUCUCAAUUAUCUCCUCUUGGGGUUCCUCAAUAUUAUCUGGAUCCCCACCGCCAUGAAACUGGGACGGAAGAUUGUAUAUAUUCUCAGUCUAUGUCUCACUGUGGCUAGUGGGAUAUGGGGUGGGUUCUUCUACGGAACAGGACAGUAUUAUAUUAUGCUUGCGAUUAAUGGAGUUGGAACAGCCGCCUACCAGGCGCUGAUUCAGUUAACGAUAUUCGAUAUGUUCUUCGCGCAUGAGCGAGGUCGAAUGGUCGCCGUAUACAUUUUCGGGCAACAAUUAGGUUCCAUCCUAGGUCUCAUUCUAGGCGGUUAUAUCGCCGAUGGAAUUGGAUGGAGAUGGAGUUCGCCUCUCGUAGCCAUUGCCGCUGGCAUCCUCAUCGUCCUGUUCAUAUUUACUUUCGACGAUACGAUGUUCCCUCGACACCGAUCUCAAAAUCAACUGCCUCAAAACAUACCCCCCAGCCAGCAAGAUGAUAAAACGCCUCUACCAGCACCCGACGAUAAAACGAAACAUGUCCCUGUAUCACUCACCCCGAGCCAAGGAGAAGGCGAAAUCAUCGUUCCUCCACGCAAGUAUCUCCAAAGAGCCGCUCUCUGGCACUACUUCCCCGACGAUAAAACUACCUGGUUCCAAUACUUCCGUCGUCCAUUCUAUCUGUUCGCAUUUCCCAAUAUCGUUCUCAGCGGGAUCCAGUUCGCUUUCGGUUGCACGGCCGGUAUCGUCUCGUUCAAUACCAUAUCUGAAAUCAUGACUGAACCUCCGUAUAACUGGAGCGUUAGUGCCGCAGGGUUAAUGUUCCUUGCUGCUAUCGUGGGGGAUUUCGUCGGAAUGGCAAUAGGGUCUCUCUCAGACACGCUCAUUAUAUUCCUCGCCCGGCGAAACAACGGAUUUAAAGAACCCGAAAUGCGCCUCUGGAUGUUCAUCCUGCCCUUCGUCGCAGGUGGUGUUGGAUACUUUUCCUAUGGAUGGUGUGCGCAAGCAGGCGCCUCGUGGAUUGGUAUCGCUUUCGGACUCGGAUGUAUGAUUGCGCAGCAAGUCGCUGCGACUACGAUUGCGACGACGUAUGCGAUGGAGUGUUUUGAUGGGGUAUCUGGUGAACUCGUUGUCGUUCUGGCAAUCUGUUCAUCGGUGAUCAAUUUCGCCAUGUCGUUUUCUGUACAGCCGUUGAUCGAUAGGACGAACUAUGGCUGGGCGUUUACAUUCUUUGGCAUUCUGGUUCUGUUGUCUAUGCUGAUGGCUGUUCCAAUGAUUACUUGGGGAAAGCGGUGGAGAAGGAUGUGUAAGGGGCGAUAUGAGGCGUAUCUGAGGGAGGUUGAAGGAGGUGGUUCUGAUUAAGUAGUCCCGCUUUCAUUGUUGGACUUGAAAAUGGGAUUGGUUGAAAUUGGGCGUUGACUUUCGUGGAUUAUGGACAUAAUAUGUACUAUUCGUAAGAAGCUAGGAUAGCU